AUGGAGGUCACUCAGGUUGUCGAGGACGCUUGGAACUCCUCCCCUCUUGCUACUGUUAUCGCAAAACUGAACUCUUGCAGAAGAAGAAUUAUCCAAUGGGCCAAAGAGCAGCAGGAGCAAAGCAAUCUUACCAUCAAGCGUAAUCAAGAAUCUCUAGAUACUGCCCUCUCUAGCUCCACACCAGACACUACUCUCAUUGAGUCACUUAACACUGCUUUACUUCGGGCCUACAUCGCGGAAGAACAAUUUUGGCAGCAACGAAGCAGAAUUCAAUGGCUUAAACAAGGUGACCGCAACACGGGCUUCUUUCAUGCAGCAACCAGAACAAGAAGAAUCAUUAAUUCUAUCCCGGUGAUAGAAGACUCGCAGGGAGGAGCGCACUAUGAAGAGUCUGAAAUUGCCCGAGUGAUCUCUAACUAUUUCACUCAGAUUUUUACAUCCAACGGUAACUCUUCCUUCACUCAGAUUCAGGGAUUGAUCACCAGGAAGGUUACUCCAGAGAUGAAUAUAAUGCUGACAGCCAUACCGAGUGAUUCGGAAAUACGAGAAGCGGUUCAGUCUAUCAAUGGUAAUAAGGCUCCGGGGCCAGAUGGUUUCUCGGCCACCUUUUACCAAGCUUAUUGGCACAUCGUUGGUGCAGAUGUGAUCAGAGACGUCCGAGAAUUCUUCACUACAGGCCACCUCCAUCCACAGCAAAACGAGACCCAUAUUCGGUUGAUACCGAAGGUGACGGGAGCUAGGUCAGUUGCUGAGUACCGGCCAAUAGCGCUAUGCAACACUCACUAUAAAAUAAUUGCAAAGAUUCUCACUAGACGUCUGAAACCGCUACUCCCGCUCCUCAUCUCCAACACACAAUCAGCUUUUGUUUCCGGAAGGGCGAUAGCAGACAACGUCCUCAUUACUCACGAAACUCUACACUAUCUUCGGACUUCUGAGGCCAAAAAACGCUGCUCUAUGGCCGUAAAAACCGAUAUGAGCAAGGCGUAUUAUAGAAUUGAGUGGAGGUUCGUUAGAGAGGUACUUGGCAUGCUGGGUUUUGAUGCUGUUUGGAUUGGUUGGAUUAUGAGUUGUAUCGAUACAGUGACAUACUCGUUUCUGAUAAAUGGAUCGCCUCAAGGAUCAGUCUCACCAUCCCGAGGGCUUAGGCAAGGCGAUCCACUCUCUCCCUAUAUCUUCAUCUUAUGCACAGAAGUUUUAUCAGCUCUUUGCGCUAAGGGUCAAGCGAAUGGCUCUCUCCCCGGAAUCAGAGUAGCUCGUGGAUGCCCUUCGAUUAAUCACCUCCUUUUUGCUGAUGAUACUAUGUUCUUCUGCAAGACUAAACCAUCUUGUGUCUCAGCUUUAAUGGAUAUUCUAUCGAUUUAUGAAGCUGUUUCAGGGCAGAAGAUCAACCCACAAAAAUCAGCCAUCACUUUCUCAGCUAGAACACCUCCUGCUGUCCGCACCCGAGUGAAAGAAACGAUGGAGAUCUCACUCGAAGGAGGGAUUGGGAAGUAUCUUGGGUUGCCUGAACAGUUUGGUCGACGGAAAAGGGAUAUCUUUGCUUCCAUCUUGGAUAGAAUCAAACAGAAGUCCCACAUCUGGACGGCUAGGUUCCUCUCGGGAGCUGGAAAACAAGUGAUGCUGAAGUCGGUCCUUGACGCAAUGCCCUGCUAUGCCAUGUCUUGCUUCAAACUCCCACUCUCCUUGUGCAAACAAAUCCAGUCGGCCCUUACUCGAUUUUGGUGGGACGCUAACCCGGAGAAGAAGAAGAUGUGUUGGGUCUCUUGGGAUACUAUGGCUUUACCGAAAUAUGCUGGCGGGCUUGGCUUUCGGGAUAUCGAGACUUUCAAUGAUGCUUUGCUCGCGAAAAUAUGUUGGAGGCUAAUAAAAGAUCCGCAAUCUCUACUGGCCCAGUGCCAGCCUCAGCUUCUCAUGGCUGGAAGAGUAUUCUUGCCGGACGAGAGGUACUUAGAAAGGGUUUGGGUUGGGCAGUGGGCGAUGGCGAAUCAAUCCGAGUUUGGGGAGACUCAUGGCUCUCUUUUGAGGCCCCAUGCCAACCUUUUGGUCCUCCAAACGAAACAGAGCAGUCACUUAUGGUUAAAGACCUCUUAUGCCCUCUCACGAACAAAUGGAGACUGGAGAUCAUUAGACGAUUUCUUCCUCAGGUAUGGCCUGUGUAUGACUAUCGACAAAACGAGUACUGCUACUGACGAUCAGGUCCAUUGGCUUAAGGAUAUCUGGAAUGUCAAAACCAGUCCCAAAGUGAAAGACUUCUUAUGGAGAGUUGCAAAGAGAGCUAUACCUGUUAGUUCAAACCUGGAAAGAAGGGGCUUUCCUAGUUUUAACUGUAAAAAGUGUGGUGCCCAUGAGGAUGACCUGCAUGUCUUUCUCACCUGUCCGACUGCAGAAGAAGUAUGGAGUAUGGUCCCCACUGUGCAACGCCCCCCUAACUCGAUCUCCUCUGCGACAGAACUGAUUAAACUCGGUAAAAACCUUGUUCCACUUCCUCCGACAGGUCUGAACUCUCCCCUUUGGCCUUGGGUAAUUUGGAACCUGUGGAAAGCGAGAAAUAAGCUGGUCUUUGAGAAUAGAGUUUUCACAGCUCAGGAGAUAGUACUCAAAAGCAUUAAGGAUGCAAAGGAGUGGAAUGAUGCGCAACAUGAAAACAAGACACAGUCUCUCUCCACCCUAGCUUCUUCUGCGUCUAGCACUCGAUCUCCAUGUCCUCCUCCUAUUUUCCCGCCUGCAAUACUUGUUUGUAAAGUGGAUGCGGCUUGGGAUGUCAAAACGAGAUGCUGCGGUGUGGGUGGUAUCUUCUCUGGCGGUUCUUCUCAACAUCUCUCCAAUGUUUCAGAAGCUCAUAGCCAUGUUUCUUCAGCUUUAAUGGCGGAAGCCAUAGCUGUCCAUCAGGUGGUCGCUCAGGCCGUUUAUUCAAACGUCCGAUCCCUGGCAGUUCUAUCCGACUCCCUUUCUUUGAUCAAGUUAUUGAAGACACGAAGGGAUCAACCUGAACUGUUUGGUAUCAUGUUUGAUAUCUAUCACUUUAUGACUUUCUUUGAUGUAAUUUCUUUCAAUUUUAUUUCUCGCAAUUUCAAUGUGGAAGCUGAUUUGGUGGCAAAAUCAGCUCUCACUAGAUCUGUAAUGAACCUCAACAAUGAAGGGUAA